UCGACGGGAGCACUUCGCGCUUUUCCAUCAGAAAUCCGCACACAUAUUCGCAUAGGAAACUCACACAAAAAGGGCCCAUUAAUUUACAGUGUACAUUUCGAGUUUCGCGUCUGUGUGGCAGGCGAAAAGUGAAAGUCCCCAAGUUAUUUCACCCACACUUGGCAAAUUCCAUUUGAUUUGCUGUUGUGGUGUUGCUGAUGCAAAAUCAAUAAACCAUCCAGCCAAUAAUGGACUUCACCCGAUUCAUGAACAAGUUCAACGAGAUCGAGCGCCAAUUGUCCCCCACCUCCGCCCUCCGCCUGAGUUUUGACAACAUUUCGCCGGAGUCGGAGGAACCGCCGGACGGAAACAAGAGGCUGUGGGGCGUGCCCGUGCCGCCCUUCGUCUCCGAGAAGGUGGUGUCCUGGAUCGAGGAGGAGUUCAACGAGGCUCCGGUCUUCUACAAUGGCAACAGUGUGCUCAAGAAGGUGGAAAAUGUGCGGAUGAUAGAUCGCUACAAUACCAAAAAUCCCACGGUGGGAACCCUCUAUCUGACGGCCACCCAUCUGAUUUUCGUGGAGCCCGACAGCAACAAGGAGACCUGGAUCCUCCACAUGCACGUGGCCAGUAUUGAGAAGCUUCCUCUAAGCACGACAGGAUCGCCGCUGCUCAUCCGCUGCAAGACCUUCCUGUCGGUCACAUUCGUCAUUCCCAAGGACUCCGAGUGCCACGAUGUCUACACCUCGCUGCUGAAGCUCUUCCAGCCGGUGUCCAUCAACAAAUUGUACUGCUUCAACUACCAGCCGAACAAGGAUGAUUUCCCCAAGAACGCCGGCUGGGACUACUUCAAGCUGGAGGCCGAGUUCAAGCACAUGCUGGUGCCCAACGAGGCCUGGACCCUGUGCUCGAUGAACGAGAAGUACGAGCUGUGCGACACCUAUCCGCGUCAGAUAUACGUGCCCAAGGAGGCCACCACGCUGAUGCUCAUCAGCAGUUCGCGGUUCCGCUCGAAGGGGCGCCUACCGGCGCUCACAUAUCUGCACAACAACAAGGCCUCCAUCUGCCGCUGCAGUCAGCCGCUGUCCGGAUUCAGUGCCCGCUGUCUGGAGGAUGAGCAAAUGCUGGAGGCCAUACGCAAGACGAACUCCAACACGGACUACAUGUAUGUGGUGGACACACGACCACGGAUUAAUGCGAUGGCCAACAGAGCCGCCGGCAAGGGAUACGAGAACGAGGCCUUCUACGAGAACAUCAAAUUCCACUUCCUCGGCAUCGAGAACAUUCACGUUCAGCGCGCCAGUCUGCAAAAAGUCCUGGAGGCCUGCGAACAGAAGUCGCCCACCAUGAGCGCCUUCCUAAAUGCCCUGGAGUCAUCCGGCUGGCUGAAGCACAUUCGCUCCAUAUUGGACACGUCGAGCUUCAUCGCCAACGCCGUGGACAAGGGUGUCUCGGUGGUGGUCCACUGCUCCGACGGCUGGGACCGAACUGCCCAGGUCUGCUCGCUGGCCCAGCUCAUGCUGAACCCCUACUACCGGACCAUCAAGGGCUUCCAGGCGCUGAUCGAGAAGGACUGGCUGGCCUUCGGGCACAAGUUUAGCGAGCGCUGCGGGCACAUUCAGACGGACGCGCGCGAGGUGUCGCCGAUCUUCACACAGUUCCUGGACUGCACAUGGCAGCUGAUGUCGCAGCGCAGCGAGUCCUUCGAGUUCAACGAGCGAUUCCUGCUGAUCCUGCACGAUCAUGUGCACUCUUGUCAAUUCGGCACCUUUGUGGGCAACUGCGAGAAGGAUCGCCUGGACUUGAAGCUGGCCGAGCGCACCUUCUCGCUUUGGGGCUUCAUGGCCAACCACCUGAACGAGUAUAUUAAUCCGCUGUACAAGCCCAAUGUGGACGACACAAUUAAGGCCAACCUGGCACCGCAGUGCAUCAAGUUCUGGCGCGGCAUGUAUAGUCGCUUCGAGAGCGGCAUCCAUCCGCGGGAGCCUUUGGGCGACCUGCUGCUCGACAGCAAGGAGCACUGCAACUCUCUGGAGGAUCACGUGCAGCAUCUGACCAAGCGCAUAGCCAGCUUCAAGAAUUACAUCUCCAAGUCGGCCAAGAAACUGCAGGACGCCACCAGCACCACGGCAAAGGUUAGCAAGGAGGUCUCCAGCAACGAAAUCAAUGAUAACAAAUACAACUAUGAUAAAAAGCUAAGCGAACUGUCGGCUGCCGAUGAUGAUCAUCCGCUGAAGGCCAGCAACAUGUCCUUUGCCAAUCUUUCCCUCAAUGCCGAACAAUCCAGUCCGCCGCAGGCCUUGCCCGAGGAAAUCAACUCCGUGGCCGUGGACUGGAAGCCCAUGCGCAACGUGACCACCUGCUCCUGCUCCACGCCCUUCGAUCAGUUCAGCAAAAAGACACAUUGCUGGCGCUGUGGGGAUAUCUUCUGCGAGCGCUGCAUAGACAAGAAUGUGGCUCUGCCAGGACACGACAGUGGAAAGCCGGUGCCGGUGUGCCGAGGCUGCUUCCGGCAGAUGCAAAAGCAGAGCCCGUAGGGAGGAUGACAGGAUCAGGGAAGGAAUAUUGUUAAGGGAUGAGGGCAGCAGGCAACGUGUGCGAUUGAAAUGGAAACUCUAUUAAUUAUAUUGUGUGUAUUUAUUGUUGCAUUUGUAGCUGUAGCUGCUUAUAGAAGCUCAUUCAAGUUGUUGCAAAUGGAUAUCAAAAGAGUAAAACCAAUACAAUCCACUAGCGAUUGGCUUCCAGGCAUCGUCGUAGUCUAUAAGUCGGGCACAAAACUGUAUUUUGUUGUUAGAAUCUAGAGCGACUAAUUUGCCAAUCACUCCCACACAAGAGCAAGUACAAUUAAAUGCAAAUUAUAAAUGUAAA